GGCCGGCCUCUCUCGUCUCAAGGCAGCAACACGUUGCGCUACGUGUCACCCAGGUGUCGAACUCGGUUCGGCCACGUGGCCCUGUGAGCGGGUGCUGUCUUUUUCCUCCCUCUUUAAAUAGCUUGUCCUGUCCAUCCGCAGGGGUCGGCAGGUGCAACUCCAAGCUAAUAAGAUCGAUCAAGAGGCUACAUAUAAUUGAAGAAGAAGCUAGUAAUAAUUAAGAUGCAGGCGGUGAAGGAGAAGGUGAAGGACAGCGUGAGCGCGGCCAAGGCCAAGGAGAAGCAGGCCAAGGCGGAGGAGAAGGCCGGGGUGGCGACGGCGAGGUCCCGGGCGGAGGAGGAGCUGGCGCACGAGCGCGCCAAGGCCAGGGUUGCGGCCGCCAAGAUGGAGCUGCACCAGGAGAAGGCCCUCCGCCGCGAGGAGGCCAUCCUGCACAGGCUCCACAAGCACCACCAUGGCGGCGGCGGUGUGGCCGGAGCUACUACUGCUCCGGCUGCCGGGACGACGGCCACCACAACCGUGCCGCCGGCUCGGCCGCUGCACCACAACCCGGCUCCGGCCAAGCACUACUACUAGUCAGAUCGCUUUUACUAGCGUUUCUUUUUUUUCUUAAAAAAUAAAAUAAACCACUGUUAGUGUGUGCGUGUGAGUAGUGAUCGUCAUCUGUACUGCCUGGUGACGUGUAUCCACUAGCUAGCUAGUGUUGCUUUCCUUGGCUGUUGUGAUGUGGAGAUCCAUCAGCUUCAUAUAUCUGUCAUGAACAUGAUGCAUUCACCAUGCAUCAUCAGAAAAUUGCAUUGCAUACACACACAGAGAGAUGCUUGUAUUAUAUCAGUAGUAAUAAGGCAAAAAUAACCAUAAAAGCAAUCAUGUUUGGCUCAAUUUCAUCCCUCAACUAUAAAAACUAUAAAUACUAAUUCCUCAAAAAGCUAGGUGCCUGCCUCAGACUGAUUAUUAUCCGCUAUGGACCGUGCUGGUGAAUCAAGAAAGGCCCAACCAACCAACCAACAGCCCAAGCCCAACCCAAAACGCCCACCUCAUCAACCACCCUAUUCGGGGCCUCGGGCUGCCUCUCGACGACCAGUCAACCGCCGCCGCCCGCCGGGAGCCGGCCAGCAUCGACCGCCCCCCCUUCCGCCGGCAUCCAGAACGACGAUGCGCGCGGAUCCCUACCUUUACGAGCCUACGCAAUGCCUUUGAAUCUGGAUCCCAGAAAACAAAUGGAGAGGGCUUCCUAUCUGCAGUCCAAGGCAUGUUUACCAUCCUUGAUUCAGGCCAGGGUUGUCACAGCAGCAAUUGAAAACUGCAAGGGCCUGCCACGGUUCCCUUCGGAUGCACACCACAACUGACGAAAGACAUUUUAGUCCUGUUGCAAUAUGCAUUUGGCCCCUGGUAAGCAUUAACGGUGGCACAUCAUCAUACUCUUGCUUAGCCUGCGAUGCAUGUUCCCAUUCAUAUGGACAUUUCAGCAACGCACCUGUUCAAUCAAGCUCCCAGCCGCGGCCUGAAGAUCUCUCCCUCAUCCUGGCUGGAAACAAAGCAAAUCAGCAGACAUGGAAGGCCUCAUAUAUAUCCGCAUCAAUUAUACGUCAUUCCUUGGAUUAGUGAGGGUUGUUGCUUACUUUAAUUUAUUUGAACGAGUUAUUAGCAAGGAUUAUUCGGUUUGAGCAGCAAACAGCCUAUGUACAUGCAUGAUUGCCUCGAUUAUUUGGACACCAAUCAUUUGGACAGCCUAUGUACGUGCCAACGUUGUAACCUGAUGGAACAUGGGCACAUGUUGAGCUGGUAGUGCUAUGUAUCUAUCGUUGCAACUUGUUGCACGGGUGAAGCUGGUGUAGUGUAGUGUUGUUAAGCUUGAUGGAGCUCCAUCGGUUGAGCUGGUGUCGAUCUAUAUAUGUAUUAGUUGCAGCAUGCAUCUGGAUCGUGAGAAAUUCAUAAUAAGCUUUUCAAAUUAAA